GAGAGAGAGAGAGAGGAGCUGGCUCGUCCUUGAAUGCGGAGAGAGGGAGAGUUACAGUAACCGAGCUGUGCUUCUGACAUCUGAAACACGGUGCUGGUUCCACCACCGACGUCGCGCGCAGCAUCACCCAGCCUCCUGCGCAGCAUCCGCGGCUCCGCAUCCGCAGCUGCCCGCGGAGGCGACUAUCCGCAUCAUAGGUAGAUUGAACGCCUCUUCCUCUUCUGAGAUAAAGUGACCAGGUUUUGAUCGCAUCUGCUCCUGAUCCGUUUUCGAUCCUGUUGUAAUCCAGCUGGAUCUAGAUGAUGGAGCGCCUGCUGUGCCUGCUGGUCCUCAGCUCAGUAGCUCUGAAGAAGGCUCUCGGUGGAGACGUGUGUGUGUCGGGUCAUGACAGCGGGCCACUGUUUGAAGAACAGCCGAGCAGUUUAAUCUACCCAGAAGGCCUGAGUGAAGGCAAGGUGACCCUCAGCUGUCAGGCCAGAGCUAGUCCAGCUGCAUCCUACAGAUGGCUUGUGAACGGCACAGAGGUCCCGCUGGGUAUGGACCUGCGCUACACCCUGGUUGCCGGUAACCUGGUGAUCAGCAGCCCUGAGUCCAUUCGAGACACAGGCUCCUAUCAAUGUCUGGCCAUCAACCGCUGUGGUACCAUCAUCAGCCGGGCAGCGAUCCUCAAAUUUGGCUACCUCCAUGACUUCCCUCCGGACAGCAGGAGACCUCAGACAGCAUUUGAAGGCAUCGGAGCAUUCCUGGCCUGCCAGCCCCCUAGACAUUAUCCAGCUCUGUCCUACCGCUGGUUGAUCAACGAAUUCCCCAACUUCAUCAAGACGGACGACGGCCGCUGGUUUGUGUCGCAAGUCACGGGCAACUUGUACGUGGCCAAAGCAGAGCCCAACGACACCGGGAACUACUUCUGCUUCACCACCAUCAACAUGGACAUCAGCACCAAGAGCACCUUCAGCAAGGCCAACCAGCUCACUGUGCUGCCGGACGUCAAUCCCAGGAAAUCAGCUCCAAGCAUCAAGGUGCGCUUCCCAGCAGAGAUUUACGACCUAGCAGGACAAACCACCCAGUUAGAGUGCUUCGCCUAUGGAAAUCCAGUCCCAAAACUGCGAUGGAGGAAGGUGGACGGUUUGAUGCCGUCCAAAGCGGGCUUAAGUGCCGAGGCCCCCACCCUCAUCCUGCCAGAACUCUCCUUCGAUGACGAGGGUGUUUACGAAUGUGAAGCCUACAACUCAGAGGGCAGUGACACACACCAGGGACGCAUCAACGUGCAAGCUCAGCCCGAGUGGUUGCAGGUGAUGAGCGACUCAGAAGUAGAGAUUAGCUCAGACCUUCUCUGGAGUUGCAUCGCUGCCGGUAAACCCCGACCCUCCAUAAGCUGGCUACGCAACGGACAGCCACUCAACACACAGGUCCGGGUAGAGGUGAACGGGGCUCGUCUUAAGAUCAACAAUCUGGCUCUGGAGGAUUCUGGGAUGUACCAGUGUGUCGCUGAGAACAAACAUGGCACCGUCUACUCCACGGCUGAGCUCAGGGUCCAAGUUCAGGCUCCAGACUUCCGGUUGAACCCAGUCAGGAGACUGAUCCCAGCAGCCAGAGGGGGGCAGGUGAUGAUGGAGUGUCGCCCUCGAGCUGCUCCCAAGCCCAGCCUGUUCUGGAGCCGUGGGACGGAGUUGCUCACCAACAACAGCAGAGUCACCGUAACUCCAGACGGCAUCCUGUGGAUCCACAACAUCAGCAGGGCAGACGAAGGGAAAUACACCUGCUUUGCUGAGAACUACCUGGGCAAAGCCAACAGCACCGGGCACCUGUCUGUCAGAGAUGCCACUAAGAUCACACUGGCUCCUUCCAAUGCCGACAUCAACCAAGGGGAGGAUGUGACGCUGCAGUGUCACGCCUCCCACGACCCCACCAUGGACCUGACCUUCACCUGGGCCUUCAACGGGGUCCUGCUGGACCUGGAGGACCCUGCCGGGCCGUACCACCGGGUGGAGGGGAAGGAAAAUAUUGGUGACCUGUUGACCGUGACCGCUAAACUGAGUCAAGCAGGGAUGUACACAUGCACGGCUCAGACUGUGGUGGACAGCUCUUCAGCUUCAGCCAAGCUAGUGGUCCGAGGCCCCCCGGGACCUCCUGGAGGUUUACGGGUGAAGAACGUGGCCGAGGUAUCGGUGGAGCUCCGCUGGAGUCGAGGCUACGAUAACCACAGUCCCAUCGGCAAAUACGUCAUCAUGGGCCGGUCAUCACUCUCAUCAAAGUGGAAGAAGAUGAGGACAGACCCAGUAAACAUCGAGGGGAAUGCGGAGUCGGCUCGUGUGGUGGGACUGAUGCCCUGGAUGGAUUAUGAAUUCCAUGUCAUCGCCAGCAACAUCCUGGGCAGCGGAGAGCCCAGCAUGCCCUCUCACACCAUCCGCACACAGCAAGCAGCUCCCACUGUGGCCCCCAGUGGUCUUGGAGGAGGAGGAGGAGACCACAACGAACUCAUUGUGACCUGGACGACAAUGGCCAGAGAGUACCAGAAUGGUGAUGGCUUUGGCUACAUCCUGGUAUUCAGGAAGAAGGACUCACAAUCUUGGAUGGAGAUGCGUAUCCAUCACGUGGAGUUGUCCCGAUAUGUUUACUACAACGACAGUCUGACGCCGUACAGCCCCUUCGAGGUGAAGAUCAAAGCUUUCAACAGCCGAGGAGACGGUCCGUUCAGCCAGAUCGCUGAGGUCUACUCUGCAGAGGAGGAGCCGACAGUAGGACCGUCAAACAUCAACGCCACGGCACUGACCGCCUUUGAGAUCCAGGUGUCAUGGGAACCCGUCCAGCAGCUCAGCGCCAACGGCAUCCUGAGAGGAUAUGAGAUCCGGUACUGGCGGCAGCACGAGCGUGAAGCGGCAGCAGACCGAGUGCGGACAGCGGGACUGGAAGCGACAGCCAGAGUGUCCGGACUGAGACACAGCACCCGGUACCACGUCGCUGUUCUGGCGUACAACAGCGCCGGCACCGGGCCGCCCUCGCCGCGCACCACCGUCACCACCAGGAAACCACCCCCUAAUCGUCGUCCGGGCAACGUGUCAUGGAAGGCUAAUGGCUCAGCGGUAACGGUGAGGUGGGAUCACGUGAAGGCCAUGCACAAUGAGUCUACGGUACUGGGCUACAAAGUUCUGUACAAACACGAGGGCCAGACCUCACUGAAGGUUCUGGACAAGGCCAAGACGUCCAUGAGCCUGCCGCUGCCAAAAGACAACGGCUACGUGGUGUUGGAGAUCCGGUCCUGGGGCGAAGGUGGGGACGGGCCAGCCCACGAGAUCAUUGUGUCCCGGGACUCAGGAACUGGUAUGAUGGUGCAGAAUGACGCCUCCUCCACCCUGUCCAGUCAACCGCUCCACCUCUUCACCGGCUUGCUUCUUUUCACUCUUGUGUCGUUGGUAGGCCUGUGAUCUCAGCCAAUCAGUGGACUUGUUGCUUUGAAUGGCAUAAAACUAAAGCUGCCCUGUGUCUCAGCCUGUGUUUUGGGGUUGGGGUGGGUUCAGGUGGUCGGGGAAGGUUGUAGCACUGCAGGGAUUGGACGGGUGGGUGAGAAAAGAGGGGUUUCAGUUUUCCUUUUUUUUUCAUAUUUCAAACAAAGAGGGUCUUUUUUUAAAAGUCUGGCUGAAUUGAAAGGUUUGGCGGAGCAGGGAAUCCCUGUCUGUUGUGUAUUUAUGUACCAGUGUCAGUAAAACCAUGCCUUACCGGGACCAUCACAUGUGUGGCGGACGCCUCUCAAACUGUAGCUGUCAACACACAGACUUCAGGUGUAAAUUAUUCAUAGCAUCAAUGACGUGUAUAACUGGUGUACAUACAGUGCAGUCUUCUUACAUGUGACGGGUGUCUGUCUGUUCCGUGCACGCUGAGAGCAACUUGACUGACAAGUGUCUGUUUUCUGAACAGGUGUGGGAGGUUUAAAGAGCUGGACAGGUCAGCAUCUACAAUAUUAAUAAGCUCUUUGUGCAUUUUUCCCUGCUUGGUAAAUGCUGUCAUAAUCGACCCUUCGCUAGUCCCGUCCCUCGAAAUCAAACUAUUAAGUAAUAGCGCAGCUUUAUCCAGCUGUGACAUGUAUCUCUCUCUCUGCUCCACAGACUCUCAUCAAUGGUGUGUUUAUAAAACCCUUUGAGCUCAAAUAAGCAGAUUACAUUUGCGCAGCAUUACAUUUGCAUUAACACUUCUAUGCUAUGCUAUGAGCUGAGGGUAUACUGAAUAUUUACACAUGCUGCUUUAGCUUUUUGAUUUAAGUAAUUGGAAAAGACAUGGAAUUUCAUAAUGGAACUAAUCAUUUAGACUUGUACACGUUAACAUGAAUCUCAUUAUUUUCCAUGUCAGCGUUUGUGUCAGGACACAUCAUCGCCUUGUUUUUUCCACAACUCCCCUGAAGAGCAGCAUCCCAUUGUUGAGCUUGUUAUGUCGAGUUGCUCACAGUGUGAACACAGAAUCAGUCCCUCGUUGCAACACCGAAGAACGUUUUAUCAUUUAUUUCCAGCUCCUGCUAAUGUCUUUAUGCUCGUUUGUGUUUUUGCCUCAGCUGUAAUUAUGGCAAGCUACAGGAAAACGUCACCGGUCCAAAUAAAUGUUUACAUUUUAUAUUUUGUAUGUCUCAUUUUGGGGGGUUGUCAAAUUGGAUGAAUGAAGGGAGUAUUUAAUGAUUUGCUUACAUUUAGUGGUGCCUGCAUUGUUUGAAUAAUUCUGACAACAAUGUACAAACGUUUCGGUUCAGUGUUAAUUGGGUUUAUUGCAGCUGCUUUUAUGUUGGUAGGUAAAUAUGAAAUGCUGAAGAUGAAAGAGUUGGUCGCCAAAGUUAUCAGAGAAUAGUUAACAGUGUCAUAUAUCGUUCUCAUUGUAAUCCUGUCAGCAUAUAUCAGCUCUUAUGUAACAUGUCAGUUUACUACAGUUUACAGGAAGGAUGUGACCUCUAGUAUGCACGUUCAGUCUGUCACUCAUUCUUGCAUAGUUAUCCUGUCCAGGUCAGGUCUGGUCAGUCAGCAUGUCAAAUAUAGACACCAAUGCUUUCUCUUUUUUUGUUGCCUUAGUUUUUUGGUUGAUUUGCUUCAGACCUGUUUACUGUCCACGGUGUGAUACUCAAAAGGUUAAAGGGCAGCUGAUGCUUUGGAUUUACAUUGUCCAGUCGUCAGAAAGUUUAGGGCAGGUUCACAUCUGGAGGUCCGGUUCCAGAAGCGGACCAUUUCUCUAACGGAUUUGGUUUGGUUUACAAAUGCAAAACUUAAAUGGUCCAGAAUUGUAAAAAAAAAAAGAUGUUUUUUUAAAUUAUGGGUCAUAUACAGUGAUGUGCGUGAUGCAAACCAAUCACCCUUUUAGAGGCUCGCCAUCUAGGUAGCUAGCGUGCAAAUUUACCCAGAAAUGAACCGCUCUAGUGUUAAAUAUACAGCGGUCCGACACCAACCCUUCAAGGGGGGUCAGAGAGCGCUUGGUGGUCCAUAGCACUAUUCAAAUCCGGCGUUAACACCAAUGCAAACAAACGCUCCAGGGUUUGGUUCAACUCGACCCAUCACGACUGGUGUGAACGCGCCCUUAAAGAUUCAACUCACGGUCCACUUACGAGCUUUCAGCCGCUACUCAUAAUUUUCCUCAGGGCAUGUAGUUUGUUCAAACUCUAUCCACUGAGGAAAACUAAGAGGUGGAAAGCUCUGGAAAAAGCAAGUAAGUGUUUCAGUAGAACUGCUCCAAAUGCAUCAGGAGUUGGUGAAUCACAGUAGCCAAGGAUUUAUUCUGAAGAUACAGAUUCACCAGUUUAGUUUUCUGCUGUGUAUGGGUUUCACUUACACUCAUUGAAGAAGACUAAAUUAAUGUUGAACAAGUGUGUGAGUUAAAUUGGAAGGAACUCUAAAUAGGUGAUCCCAAGGCUCACCAGCUUUAAUGUCUGGUCUGGACAACCAAAAGCUUUUCUUCUUACUUUAGUUUGACAUGUUUUGCCUUCAUGAAAGAUGACUCAGAAUGAUUACUUGAUUGAUGUUUUCUAUUUUAUCAGGAAAGUGUAACUUUUCAUCACAUGCUUUAUCUCUUACCAAAUCAUUUAACUUACAAUAGUUUGGGUAUUUAGGAAAUUAGGAAAUAUCUUUUUCGAUGAAUAUUGUCAAGUGAAAUAUAACAAAUAUCAAAACAAGUACAGCUAGAACAACAUGUUGUAGGCUAAUAGUUGUCAUUAAUAUUAGUUUCGUGAUCUUAUACGAAAGUUUACAUUUGGGUGACACCAAUAUACAAGUGUACUGAUAUUUUAGGUUGAACUAUCUCAGCUUGGUCCACCUCUGGGCCAACAAUCUUUCAAACACCCUAGUCUAAAACAGAUUCUGGAUUUGCUGUCAGCUACAGUGCCAAAUUAUUGGCUUCAGCCUUUAAUAACAAAAGGGGUCACGACCUGGAUUUAUAUCACUAUCACUCAUAACUGCUGAGCUUCACACCUGCUUCAUCUCUGCACUAGAACAGAAGGUGGAGAUAAUUUCGGAACCGUUAAAUAAUGUCCUGUUUUUUUGUGCUAUACUCUGUAAAAAAGUGUUUGAAAAGCCAUAAAGUAAUUUCACCGUGUCUCUGUGUCACUGAAUGUUCUGGCGGGCUGACUGGUCUCACACUCACUUAAGGUGGUCAAAGCGAUUCUGUGUUUCAUAUGGCUUGGCUGAAUGCACUGGAUAAUGUAGCCUUUGGGCCUUUUCAUAAUUGUGUUUGAAUGAACAUGUGGGGGAGGGGUGCUACUUGUAAAUAUGAUUUAAAAUAAACACUUUGGGAUUGUA